AUGGCCGCCGUAGUGCAGCGUGUGUCUGUUACUUUUGAAGUUACAGGGCUGAAUGCAGGUGCAUUAAAUACGGAACUGUCAAGAUUUUCCACGCCAGCACUUCACCAAUGUUUCACGUCUCCCGAAUAUGGACUACACACACACGAGCAUCAAAAACAUCGUUACGUCCCACCCGCCAUUAGUGAAUUGAGGCUGGGAAUUGUGAGUGAUGCAGAAGAAAUGGGCGCAUGGGGCUUUUCAGCGCCACUUGUACUUGAAGAAACCGUAUCGUCCUUUUAUCUUAGCAGUGAGGAAAGCACUUACAGUACUAGCGGAGGCUCCAACGCAGAUUAUGAUAACACGCCACUUCUCCUAACCGCAACGGCUCAAGUUCCAGCCUCAUGUGUGGAAAACACACAAUUGCGCUACCGGCUUGUUAUUGUUGACGAACUGCUUCUGCAAGCAGCUGCCAUUAGUUCGUUAUGUCCCGGUGCGGCGAUUGUGGCGGUGGAGAAUUCCCGUACGCAACCUUCAAAGACUGAUCUCCGGCGUGUAAACCGCGUUAACAGGUGUGAUUCCGGCUACUAUGAAGAGGAUGGUUCGGAGGUGCCCAUGUUCAUGGCCCGUAUUGACCUGAGGUCACUUAACCUCCACUUUGCGAGGGCAUCGGGGCAAUUCCCGUUUCUUUCACAGCUUCGCAGGCCGAAUUCGACUGACGGAAACCCACGGGGGGCCCCUUAUCUCUCACUGUCAAUGUAUGGAAACGAUCCUCGAGUGCGGUAUGAUCGGAAAAGGUGGCUGGAAAGUUUACCAAAAAAAAGUCGAGACGCGGUACUCUUCAUGGAGGAAAAUGGUUGGAAGGACACAAGUCGCUCCAACUCCCCUGAAGACCAAGAAAAUGGGGAUGUGGUUAAUCCCUCAACUAUUAUUGAGGUGUGUGACGUAUAUCCCGUCCCAUCUGAGGGUUGCUGUUGGUGUGAAGGCCAUGUCUCCUCAUUGCCACCAAUGGAACAGCAGAUACGUAUGGUGAAGAAGCAAUUAUCCCUACAGAGGGCCUCGGAGAGGGGAAACGCUUCAGCACCAACGUCAACCACUGUGGGAAACACGCCAUCUAUACCGUCACAGAACACACCAGUUGCAGCGUUACGAAAAUAUCCAAGUCUACCCUCUGUAUCUUGUGCUUCUGCAUGCGAUGAAGGUUUGACGGAGGAUGUUGUUACUGCUGUUACCGCCUUCACUCAGCGUGGCUGGUGUGUCGAACCUCUUCGCCUUGCUGACCCUGUUGCUCCGAUGACUCGUGGCGCUCCACAACACACAAUGCGAAUGUGGCACACAACUGUAAACCUUGCGUUGCUCGCUGGUUGUGGGUUGCAGGUGGAAGUAAUGUUGCCCACACCCAUAUAUGGUGAAAAAGAACGCAACGGUGGCACUUCGGUGAGGAAGCCAUCCGAGUCGGCGUCAAAAAAAAAUGACGCGCAGUCUAAAGGAGAGAACACUGAAUCUAGAGGCGCCGCCGCAACAGGCGACACACCGGAAACGUCAACGGAAACACCGCCUGCAGCAUCAGAAGUCACUGAAUGCGGAAGCAGCACCGGGGUUACCGGUAUUCGUUGGUUGAGGGGGUUUGUAAUGCUGCAGCCCCCUCUAUUCGAACAACGUACAAAUGGCACACUUGUUAUGCCUGUGUGCUUUCCAGAAAUUACUGUGGAUAGCGUAAGUGGUCAACCCACCGUCACUGCGCACUGGCACACUCUUUACUUACAGUACCUUCUCGUCUAUCCCUUUGCAAACCCUGAACGUAACACGCUGGAGAUUGUCCGAUCCGUUGCUUCACGCGGCCGACUAUCGACAAAAAAACUCGUGGGUCAUCGCGGUCUCGGAAAAACAUACACACGAGGGCCGGUCGAGCCCGUUGAAAACUUCUCCUUCGCCUCCAACGCAGAAUCUGUGGUUGCCGACGGAGCUAGCCCAACGAAGCGCGGCGCAGGACAGCGAGCAAAGGUCCCAAAACUAAUGGUUAAAUUAGCGGAGAACAGUUUGGAGUCACUCAAUGCAGCUCACCGUCGUGGAUGUGACAUGGUGGAAUUCGAUGUGAUGCUCACCCGCGAUCGCGUUCCUAUCGUUUAUCAUGAUCCGCUCAUUCAACUGCAGGCACGGGGGAAGCGAGGAGCCGGCACACGCAAUGGCCGUGUAAACUCGUUUGGCUCUCCACCCGAUGAGAAGUCCGUAGGUUUUGGCGUCAGCCCAUCUUUUAUCGCUGAUUCCCCAAUGUUACAACCCCCUCCUGGCUUCGAAUCCGCCAUAUGUGCAGGCGCCAGUACUUCGGGGAAAUCGCUAAGACUUAAAGAGUAUCAAAUGUUCAUGCGCGAUCCGCCACAGUUUUCCUCAGUCCCAAUCGCGCUGCAUCAACUCACUAAGAACCAACUGGAUGUUGUAAUCACUGAAACAUUUACACAUAUUAAAGCAGGGAACAGGCUGCGUAACUUGAUUCUGCAGCACUGGCAUCAAAUUCUCCGUGUUUAUCGAAAUAGGGUACGUGAGGAGUUGGCGUGCAAACAUGCGAAUCAAGUAGUGGAAGUAGCGGCAGGAUUCGGAACCUGCGUCCCAUGCACAAAGGAAUGCACAGAAAAACACGGCAGCGUUGGUGGUAAUCAUGCCAUUAGGGGAUGUGCCGACAUCAACUCAGAAAGCGGUGGCGAUGAUAAAUCCAACUCCUCGACCGAAAAGUGCCAUAAUCACUGUCCCAGCGUGGAUGAUUACAUCAGCGCGUAUAAUAAGCACAAACGUAUCAUAUCCCAAGAGGAGAAUGUGACGAAUCGCAUCUGCACGCUGCAGGACCUCUUCGAAGGCACCGCGCCCUCCCUGCGUUUUGACCUGGAGGUUAAAUUUCCUUUCCAACCAAUAGCAGAUGCUAAUCUCUUUUUGCAAACGGACUCCUUUGAGGUAAAUGCAUUCGUGGAUGAUAUUCUACAGGUCGUUUUCGCUUUCGCCGAUCAGCAACAUUCGGUGGAUGACGGACUAGGGGGGAAAACGCAACGCUUCAGGGAUGUAAUAUUCAGCAGCUUCGAACCUGAUGUGUGUCUGGCGCUGAGGUUAAAGCAAAGCCGUUACCAUGUCGUUUAUUUGUGUGACACGGAACUGGGCGAUGACUUUAAGGAUUACCGCUCAUUUGGCAGAGUGGAAGGCGCAUUGCAAUUUUCUAUACUGAUGAAUCUCUCGGGUAUCUCUAUUCAUGCUCCCUCACUGUGCACAGACAAGCAGUUGGGUGAACUAAAGGAAAUCCAAGGCAUGGCGGAAAGGGAACGCGGAGGUACUUUUAGUUACCCGAACGGUAAAGGCGAGAACACCACACAUGAUGGUGAAGAUAAUGAUAAUGAUAAUGAUGAUAAUGGAGCCCACGUAGGGAUCUCAGGGAGGAAAAUGGAUGAAUUUUGGUCCAACUUUGACUGUUCUCGUGGAAGGACAAUUGUGAAUUAUGCCCAUGGAAAGGGACAGCAGGUGUGGACGUGGGGGGAAAUGAACAUGUGCGAACGGUUUCGUGCAGCGCAGUCAAAAGGAAUGAAAGUUGACGCCAUCAUUACAGAUACCGUACCCAAGUGGGCCACUGAUGGAGCGGCACAUGGGGGAAUGACGGUGUCAACAUAA